CCCCCCCCCCCCCCGAAAGCUGUAUGCUGGACUUCAGUAGCAGAGAGGCCUUAUCUCCAAACGCUGGUCAGUAUGCCUCACUGGAGGGUGGUAAGUGGAGCUGGGAAGGGUGGAGGUGGCCCUUGUAGACAGUUGUAUUUUGUGGAGGGUAAUGUUUUCAGUGUGCUUUAUUGCCAGGCAGUUUAGAUUUAUAGCUGGCUGAGGGCUGUCUAUAGCACGCAGGGUUUGCAAUAGACUUGUCAUGUCUCCUGCUGGUAGCCCUCCUUCCUCUGUAUUUGGAUACCCACUUGAGAACGUAGAUAGGAGGCAUGGCAAGAAGUACGAUCUUGUUUGUCCUAUGUGCAUGCGCAGCACAAGUCCUGAGCUUGCAGUGACUAGCUGUGAAGAAAGCCAGGAAGGAGAGAGUUUACAAAUUAACAAAAAAUGUGGAGGUUGCUGCAUGUUAGGCCUGAGGAAUAUAGUGGAAUGUGUUAAUGAAGGGUAUGAAGAACGUGUUUUGAUCCCUGCCAUUUCCAGUUCUGGAUGAAGUCCUAAUUUGUAGCAUCCCUAGCUCUUUAAGGCCUUGGCUUCAAUGGCAAUAAUAAUGGUGCAGGUAAGUGAAUGUUGAAUGUAUAUGUAAGAGCAAUUAUGUUUUUUUCUGUGUGUGGGACAUUUCUGUGGUACUUAGAUUAAAAACAUGGUUUAGUCAAUCUAGUUCUCUUGAUUAUCUAUUUAUUGUAUAUAAAAGUUAAGCCUAUGACUUCUUUCCCUCUGUGCAAAGCUAGACUAGAGGGAACAAAAUGUGUGAAAAUUAGUGGAUCAAUGUCUAAAUUUUUCCAGUGGAGAAAUGCCUUGUAUAAAGUAGCCCUGCAGCUAACCCUGUUUUAGAAACUUGGUGGGGAGGUUCUGACCUAUUGACUUGCGUUGAAACAGCUGAAGAGAGUACUUGUUCAGAGUGGGCAGCCAUCAACUCUGCAUCUCAUUUAAUGUGUCCAACUGGCUAUUGGGCUGUUUUGUCAGAUCUUAAAAAUGUUGAUGGUGCUUCAGUUGUCUCCCUGUGAUAGUAUAUAGUGAUUAAACAUCCACCUGCCAAAGAAAUUAUAACAAAACCCUCACUUGCAGAAUUUUUUGGCUGGCCGUUGUAUCCAAGCUAGUAUACUGGAUGUGGUGUGUGUAUUCUCAUGCUGUUCUGGAUGUUAGUACCAUUUCAUAGGCAAGGAGCUAUGGCAGAGGGAAAUCAAGUUACAUGGCUCAAGUCAGGUAGGGAGAACCUGACAGGGCUGGAAACUGAGUCCAGAUAUACUGAACACUGCUUUGGUGUCCUCAUCAUGAAGGCUAUAUAUAUAUGUGUGUGUGUGUGUAUAUACAAAUAUAUAUAUAUAUAUAUCUUUUUUUUUUUUGGUGCUGAAAAUUAACAGGCUGAGUAAGUGAUUGUUCCUUCAAAACUCUGCUGUCCUCGGGAAUAGCUGCUCUGAAUAUCUAGCUUGUCUUUGAUUUUUCUGGUGCCAGGACACUUGGAGUCCUGGCACCAGAGAGCACAAAGAUCAUGAAAGCCUCUAAAAGUUGCUGGACUUUAUGUAGCCCAUGCUACUUAUGUAGCAUAUACAUAUGUAUAUGUUUAUCUAUAUGUAUAUAUGUAUGUCAUAUGUCAUCAAUAUGAUUUGUAUAUUUUCUCUGCAGAAGACUUCCAGUAGAGCUUGCUAAGCGAUCACUAUUGAGCUGUGUAACCUCUUCAGACCAUUUCCUCUAUAACUUUCUACCAUUCCUACUGUAAUGUUGGGAUUGGAUUGAAUAAUAUUAGUCACAAGUGGCUAAAGCAUGGGUAAAAUGGAAUGCCCUAGGAAAGGGAAACUAGAAAUGCAGGUGGUAUGCACAUCAAGUGGAAAGCUUGCCAGCUAUGAAUGCUGUUUUAAAGAUGUGUUUGGGAAGGCUUGUUCUUUCCUCUUUCUGUGUUGUGGUUCACCCUUCAGCUGCGGGGAGGAGUACCCAGGUUGCUGCAGCAGUCUCACAACCUUAAGAAUUGAGACUCAAAUCAGAAUUGCCUGUGAAGUGGAACAGUUAUGCAGAAGUCACCUCAUACAUCAUGUGGCACUGUCCUUCCCUAGGGAAGAAGGAAAGGGAACAUGUGCUGGUAGGAUUAUAACUUAAGAAAAACAAAGCAAAAGAGAAAAAACCCAAACCAAUCCAGCUAUGUUUGUUUAUUGCUGUUGAACAAGGUGUUGGUUGGAACCAGCGUAAACUAGCUGUUUUAGUGCCAAGCCUUUUCUGUUUAUAAACGUGAUAAAUUUAUGGUGUUUAGGCUCAAUGGGGAAAAUCUGGUGUAUUGAAGGAAUGCUAUGGGAUAUCUUCUGGAGGGAACUUUUUCACAUGUAAUUGACUACUCUGUAUUCCAAAGGCACUAAAAGAAAGUUUGUUUAGGGGAAAUAUCUUUUUCUUUUUGUUUGCUUUUUAGUAUUUACUAGAGUGUGAGAGUCAUCUCCAGAAGAAGCCUUUUGCCAGGAUCCAAAAAAAAAAAAGGAGUGGUCUUUGUAGGGGCUGAGAGAAAUGACCAUUCGCCUUGGGGCUAAUCCCUGAGCAAGCCACCUCCAAAAAGCUGGGCUGGGAGUCCUCUCUGUCUGGGAAGCAAUUGGCUGGCUACUUUCUAUCAAAUCCCUUUACUUACGUAAACAGUAAAUUGACAUCUUAUUUUCUGACUUCCUGUGAGUAUCCUGAAAUGGUGCUCUAUCCACAGCACAGAAAUAGCUAAUAGUUGAAUUAAUGUGACUUAUGAGCUGGUGAGGAUGGAUCUGAAUUGGUUUGGAUGGGAGGGAUUUGUGGAGGGCCUUGUCUGGACCGUGCUGCUGAGACCAUGUGUUUCUGACCAAGGGAUGGUGUCAAGGGGGAUUAUAAAUCUACAGAAGUCUCUUUACUUUAAUGGCCAUUUGCUGAAUAACUCAUUUCUUUGAGCUCUGCAGGACAGCUCUGAGAUUCUUCCCUUCCCAUCCGACAAAAAAUUUAAUUGUGCAGAGGAAACACAAUGUAUCAAUGCAUCACAUUAAAGACAUGGAUAGAUGGAGGUUGCUUUUGCUCUGUUUAGAAUAGCCCCUGCACACAACUGUAUCUGGAAAGAUGAAGCAUCAUUUUGAUAGAUGUGACACUUUAUCUUUGCAAGAGUGAUAUAUCAUAAAUGAAACUUGAGCUAGGCUAUUUUUUACUACUAUUCACAUUGUUCCAAGUACCUGCUAAUAUGUCCCAUAACUGCCAAUGGUUCUCUGGAUGAAAACAGCAAUGGAGCCUAUUGGAAGCUGUAAGAGGAAAGGAAAUCCAUACUGGCAAACCAGACCUGAAUCCUUUCCAACUUUGCAGCAGUUCUGAUCCGAAUCUCAAUUUCCCGGUCCAGCCCAAGGAUAAGUUCUUGUCAGUGUAAAGUACUGUUAUGAGGCUGCCCAGAACAUAAAGGAGUAAUUCAUUUCUUGCAAAAAAUGCAGGCAUCUUCAUUGGUUACAAUUAUCCACUAUGCUUAUCCUUAAACUAAAAAGUAUCUCCAGCAGAAGGGUGGCCUAUGACAGUGGCAGCUUGCUUCUGCAUCAGCUUGCACUGGUGUUUGCCUCAAAGCUAUUUGAGCAAAGCUGCAUGUGUAGGAAAAAUAGGGGCAACAUACUAGCAAAAUAAUUUCCAUAGCAGUAUGACCUGGCUCUCAACAGGGAGGUUUUUGGAGUAGAGCUCCAGUGGUUUAUCACUAGGACCUGCAGCUCUGCCUCCCAUAAGGAGCCAGCAAGAAUGAAACAUCCACCGAGAAACGUGAACUGAUUCUAGGACAAAAAUGCUUUGGAGAAAGAGGGUUAAACUUAAUUUGUGGGCCUGGAAGGUGCAGCAACCUCAAGCUGCUGUGUGGUGUAACAUCUAAUCACGUAUUAGAAGAAAUUGCUUUUUGCCUCUGCUUCUCCCACUGCAAUGGUUAUGCACAUUCUCAUUUAUUCACGGUCAGUUUAGGCCUAUUUGUAUUGCAAGCAUUGCUCUUCACCAAUACAUUAAGAGGAGAAAGAGCUCUUGAAACAAAAGAGCAGUUAAGUUUUCCCCUCAGCUUUCACUUUAGCAGGUUUAAACAAUCUUGGUUUAGUCUACUCAUACUCUGGGUUAGCUAUGUCUAUGAUCAUCCUUCAAAUCCUUCUCUACAGCUCUUCAAGGCUGAGGUUUCUCUUGGACAUGUGCAGCCAGAGCUGUACAGAUGGGAUCUCCUGUGGGCCUGGUGCAGUGGCUUACAUCUUCCCUUACCUCUAAUGCACACCAUGACUGUGUUUGCCUUUUUUCACUUGCUUCAGAUAGUUAUCCUGCUAAAUGCUAGUACACUUGGAUCUCCCUCCUUCCCUCUUAUUAAAUGAUGAGCUCUCAGCUUGAAUCCAGAUUAAUUAAUCUCUCUAUACAGGUCUAUGUGCCUGUGGGCUGACAUGUUUCCCCAAGAUCUUACAGCCAAAAAAAAAAAAAAAAAAAAAAAAAAAAAAGUCUGCUUGUAAGUCUGUGCUUCCUUAGGAAUUUCUGUCUCCUGGAAUUAGAAAACCAGCACUUCUUCAGGACCCUCCUUAUGGCUGACCCUUUUCUCUUGAAAGCAUUUUAUAACACUGUUCUUUCAAUCUUGAAGCUCCUGGCCAGUAGAAAUAGGUUUUACUUCUGACAGAAAUAACACUGAGGAACCUCUAAGCUGGCCCUUAUUUGCCAUGCUCUUCUGUGUGUGAGAGAGAAAUUGCUUAGAUCUAGUAUUAUUUUCCUGCUUUUUCCUUCAAACAGCCCCUCAAUAUAAUCAUAUCAAUACAUGCAUAAAGGAGAUGCCAACAUCCCACUGUUAUUACUGAUUACUAUGCCACAGACAUCAACACUUACAGAAUUUACCAUGCUCCUAUUUACUGCACUAGGAUUGUUAGCUCCCGCCCACCUUACUGCUUUUAGAUGCUUGACAAAAGCAAGUUGCUUUUUUCCCCUCCCUUGGAACUGCCUAUAGUAAAGAAUUUACUGUGCCUCCUCAUUUCCCUCCUUGUCCUAGAGGUCUCCAGAAGAGACCAUACCUGUGUUUCCAGUGCUCUAAGCCAAAGGCAUCUUUUUCUCUUAGUCAUCUUAAGAUAAAACUAAGUAAAGAAGCAAAGGAUGAAAACCUGCUUUUCCUCACUGCAAGUCACUGCUAUCAGAUCUUUCCAUCAGUAAUGCAGUACAGUGGCAGGGGUGCUGGAUAAUCCUUACACAGCUUUGUGACUUCUCGGUAUGCAUUAAUAAAUUAGCAUGAUGCUUCUUUUUAUCCUUUGAGCAAUGUGAUUCCAGGGAAGUUUUUCCCUCUCCCAAAACCUUAGUUGAGUGUUAUUUUCUUCUCCAGUGUGCUGUCUGGGACAGUCACUACAGCACUAGUACUUCUCUACUGCAAUACAGUGGUGCAUUCAAGAGCUGGGGCCCAGGUGAGAUGGAGGCAGUACCUGCUGCUCUCCCCUGUUCUCCGCUUUAUCCAUUAAUGUCAUUCUGAGAUGGUCCUCGGUGCUACUCAGGGCAUGCCCCCUCUGAGACCAAAAGGCCAGUCAAACACAGGGUGAGAUAAAGUAAAAAAGCAUUGAGUUUGCUGACUUUUGUCUAGCAAUCAACAGUGAUUUUUAUCAGGAACCCACCUCUAUAAUGUCUCUAACACCAAAUGCAGCCUGUGAGAUUGGGGCAGGCAGACUGCUCUUCCUGUGUUAAGAUGCUUGCAUUGCCUGUGACCAUGCAAAGCUAACUGGGCCUGUGGCCAGUGCUAUGAUGUAUCCUAUGGCGCAUCUCAGGUUUUAACCUCUGGGAAUGAGAAAGGACUGCUGAUCUGCAAGAUGUCACUUGUGAAUAACUGAAUGAACUGCAUUGGGAAAGGCUGACAUAUUUGGCAAGUACAGGAUCAAUGUGAAUACAAAUAGGAUGGCAUAGGCCAGAACAGGAGCAGAUGCCUCACAGCAUGUAUGUACCUACAUUUGUAUAUGAUAACCCAAAGCCCCUGAUGCUAUAGCAGGUACAGUACAGGCAGUUCUUCCAUAAAUUCUAGUAUCAGAGGCAGCUAGAGGGAAGGCAGGAUGCAGGAAGGAACAAUAUGAUGAUAAUAUGCUUUCCUGUGGGUGUUACAAAAGGCAGGAGCUCUUUUGGAGGACUGUGUGUUUGCAUCUGAAGGGAGGGAGGGUUUCAGGAGAGGGCCAGAGACUUAGAGAACCCGAACAGAAAGCUUGUUGCAUGAGGACUGACCAGGAGAUGAAUGGAGGCUCACCUGAGCCACGUAGCAUUUGUAUGCCCCUCUUUUGUGGGCAAGAAGCAGCUGGUACCUAAGAGGCAGUGCAGGGGCUGUGCUUGCCACAGCUCCGAAGAUGCAGAAAUGCACAGAGGCAGGCAGAAUUUUUUAUCAUCUAACUCUGAGAUCAGCAAGAGCCCUUUAAGGAUGAGCAAGACAUGUGGCAUAGACACUGCCCAGUGUAAACCCAGCAACCACGUGAACUCUACCCGAGGUGGGCAGUGCCAGAUUGGCAUAGAUAAAUCCUCCCAAUGGCAGAGGCAAUCUGAUUAAAUUCGCUGGCUCCCACCCACUCUGCUCCCCUUUCCCUUGGGAUCAAUGAGAAGAACCUGUCUCCAAGCACAAGAUUUUGGGGUAUGUGUCACGGUAAGAGAUGCUUGACAGCAGAAAGACCAUCUCACGCUGACUUCUCUCUGGAGUGCUGCAAUGUCAAGUGAAGUAACCUUCCAAGCUGACUCUGGUGCAGAGGUAUUUUGGCUUGCUUUGUUAUUGCUGAGAGCUCUCUCUGUCUUUCUGUAUUCCUGAUCUCUGGCUCUCAUCAGUCCUCUUUUUCUUGGGCUGGGAUGUGUUCUGUCUUUAAUGCAUCAGGAAGUAAUACACAAUGAGGAAACUCUUGUCUGUGCAUCAGAGAGAGAAUUAUUGACUGAGUGCUGAGCAGUCAAGUUAUUGAUUCAAACCAUAGCCCAGUCUCUCUGUCUGCCGCUCGGAGUGGCUGGUUACGUCCUUCUGGUUCACUGCAUUUAAUCGGAUUCCCUGAGCCGCCAAGCAGAGGGGGAGAGUUAGGACCAAAUCCAGCUACAAUGUUCGCUUCAAAAUCCAACUCCGUAUCCCCUUCUCCAUCCAUGGAACAGGCAGAUUCAGAUGCUCUGGACAUCAGCACCAAAGUGCAGCUGUAUGGAGUGCUCUGGAAGAGACCCUUUGGGAGGCAAUCAGCCAAAUGGUCCAGGAGGUUCUUCAUCAUUAAGGAAAGUUUCCUGCUCUACUAUGCUGAGAGUGAGAAAAAGAGUUUUGAAAGCAAUAAAUACUUCAAUAUCCACCCCAAGGGUGUCAUACCUCUGGGAGGCUGCAUCGUGGAACCCAAAGAAGAGCCCAGCAUGCCUUAUGCCAUAAAGAUCUCCCAUGAAGACUUCCAUGGCAACAUUGUUCUAGCAGCUGAAUCGGAGUUUGAGCAGGCUCAGUGGCUGGAGAUGCUACAGGAGUCUGGAAAAGUGACCUGGAAGAAUGCCCAGCUGGGAGAAGCAAUGAUCGAGAGCCUGGAAGCCCAAGGACUUCAGCUGGCCAAGGAGAAACAGGAGUAUUUAGAUAAGCUGAUGGAAGAAACAGAAGAGCUGUGUCUGCAGAGGGAACAAAAAGAGGAACUUGAGCGUCUAAACCAGGUAUUGGAAGCAGAAAAGCACCAGUUUGAAGAGGUAGUGCGGGAGCUGCGGCUGGAACAGGAACAGAUCAGACGGGAGCUAGAGCUCACAGCCCACUCCCUUAAAGGAGUGGAGGAAGAAAAGAAAGAGUUGCGAAGCCUGACACAGUCUUUACAGAAAACCCUGGAGGAGCUCUCGGUGGAAAAGCAGCGAACACUGGAGAUGCUGGAAGAGAAUGAGAGCCAGCUCCCACCUCCAACCAGCCCCAGCAAAGAGCAAAGCCCCAGCUGGGGACUGCAUUGCAGCCUGCAACAGAUCGAAGAGAAGAUGCAGCAGCUGCUGGAGGAGAAACUCCUGGCAGAGAAGAGGAUGAAGGAGAAUGAGGAGCGGUCCCGAGCCCUGGAGCAGGAGCGGGAGUUUUAUUCUUCCCAGUCACAAGCACUGCAGAACUCGCUCUCGGAGCUGACUGCAGAAAAGCAGCAGACGGAGAGAGACCUCAAGGCUGAAGUGAAAGUGCGCAUGGAUCUGGAGAAGAGACUGAGGGAAGCUGAGGAGGCACUGCAGAGCUUGGAGCAAGGCUUAAAUUCUCUGGAUCGCAACCAGGAGAAAGAGGAGAAAAUGAAAGCAGAUGUCAGUAACUUGAGAAAGUUCUUUGAAGAGUGCAUCCGCAAUGCUGAGCUGGAGGCCAAGAUGCCUGUGAUCAUGAAGAACUCCGUGUACAUCCAUAAGGCUGCCACUCGACGCAUAAAGAGCUGCCGCCUCCACUGCCGGAGAGCUAGUGCUUCAUGGAAUGAUUUGAAGCAGUCCCAGUCCUUCAUCUUUUCCCAGGCAGAAGCUGAUAGCAUUCAGGAGCUGAAGGAAGCAGCCAAAAGACUGAGCCGGGACCAGCGCUUCCGGGAAACUCUCUAUCAAAUCAUGAGGUCGCAAAAAGAUUCUGCCUCAGGGGAUGAAAAGUGACCAUUAUUGGGAGGGAGCUUCUGAUCUCAACUUGCCAUUCAGCUCUGCAAAAGUUAAGUCAUUUGGCAUGGGGUCAGAAAGGAGAUUUGCCAUUUGGUGAGGAAAGCAGGGGAAAGUUGUGUGUAAGCAAUUCCCUCAGUAGACAGUGACUUUGCUUUAGUUUGAAUGCUCCUGGUAGCCUGGCAGCCCUGCUCUGCCUUUCACUCCACAUCACACCCAUUGCUUCAGCUGCUUAUGUUAGGCUACGUUUUGCCAAGAUACCACAGUCAGCGUUAAAGUGAACUACAGACCUUAGCACAGAGAGUGCCUCUUCCUUUCUUUCCUGUCUAGUUUGUCUGCCAAACACAAGUGCUUCUGAGAAACUUUAUUAGCCUAUGGUCCAGGUAGACACAAUCAGACACAGCUUACCUGUUCUGCCCGAUCCCCUGCAAGGAAUGGCAUGCUGCAAUUAUGAGUGCCAAUUAUUAGCUCCAGUUAUGAGCGCUUUGAGGAGCAUAUUUCCUGAAGACUGCAGCAAUCCCAGCCUCCCAAGCACAGGCAAUGAUGUCAGACACAGCACAGCCUCCUGAUGCGACAGCAUUUCAAGCAAAUGAUAGCAGUGCAAGAUGGAGACAACCUGAUAAUGCUGUAAAUUUGGCCCAAAGAAGGAUCAUAUGUAGAGAAGAGCUUUUAGGUAACUCAGCAGCUUUGAUGCAAACUGGAGGGGGGUUGUGUUGUGCUGCCUGUGCCUUCUCACACCAGGGCAGUUGGCUUUGUCACAGCCAGAGAAGGAGCAGAGUUGUGUGGAGAAGGUGUUACCUACAGACAGACUCAGGGUGGAGGAGCCUUUGAUUCAGCUCUGGCUUCCUCAUCUUCUCUGGAAAACCAACCUUAGGAGAGGUGGGUGAGGAGUGCCCAGCAGUGAAACCCACUGCUACUUUGAGAAUUAAACGUUGUCCCCAGCAAGCUGUGAGGCAGUGCAGCUGUGGAGGUGCAGGAAGCCACCCCUGUGUGUGCUGUGGUAAAUAGCCCAUAGCCAAGGCUUUGUACUGCUCUCUACCAGUCCUCUUAAUGGCAGCCUAGGCUAUCUUGGUCAAACCUGGACCUCUGGCAAAUCAAGCAAUAGUCAGGCUGGAAUAGGAGAGGCGCUUGCACAGCUUAUUCAGAGCGGGGGUCCUGGCUGGCCUCCGUCCAUUUCCAAGUGCUCACCAUGUGGUUACUACUGCAGGGGAGGAUUCGCCCUGCUUGUGGUUAUCUUGUACGCCAGAAAAGAGGAAUCAUUUUAUUGUGCAAACCUUACAGCCUCUCCCACCUUCUUUAAGCAAGUAGCUGGCCUAUUAAUUAUCCAUGCCAUAGUAACAGCACUGUUCAGUGCUUAUAGAUCACGUGACAAGCAUGCUCAGUAGAGUGACACCGUUAUCCCUGAGAUAUAAAUUGAGAAACAAGGUAUAAAAGAUACAAAGGUGACAAAGUUAGCAGCAGAGGUACAGAUAAGGCUCAGGGGCUCUUAAGUGCAGAUUUACUGGGGCUUUGGGGGUGGGCUGCAUGCCUCACUAGUACCCUGGGUAUUGCAUAUACCCUCUGUGUCAAGUGACCCUGGGGUGGCUGCUUAGCCACCCGUGCAGACCGUGUCACUGCCCAGCCUCAGGGUUUGGCUUCUUGCCACCUAGGUCGCUUCCUACCACUCCAGUGCUGUUUCUGGGGAGGAAUUGGGGACGAGGCUGGGGAGGGAGCCCUGAGCUGCCCGCCAGGGGAGAGGUGGCGGAGCGUUCAGGGAGGGCACGCCGCCCAGAAGAGCGCGCCGAGAGCCCCCGGCGGGCACAUGUGGCCAGAGGAAGAGCACUGAAGACAUGGCCUGUGUGUUACUGUUCACGUCAAUCAGUUACUGACUUCUGACAGGCAACAGGAUGUUUUAAGCAACCAGAGGGUCCAGCACUGGAGGCUGAUGUUUUGUAGUGACAAAGGAUGUGGUAGGAAAAGGGAAACUUGCAUCUCCCCUUAACACUCCUGAUCCUUCUGUGUUUUUCACUCAUGUUUGCCUGCUAGAAUGCCACAGGCAAAUUCUUGCUCCUACAGGGCUAAAUAGCUAUUAGAAAACCAUCCAGAGCCUGUUUUCCCCUUUACACCUUCCUAUCAACAUCUCUGGUUAUUUUCCAGUUACAAGAUCUUUAUUAUGUAAUGCUGGAAGGGACAGAAAACAAGUACAGCCAGGGAACACAUCUGUAAUUCAGACAGUUAAGAAAAUCACCUUGAGACUUGUGUAUGCAGCACCUUUGAUCUGUUACCAUCAAAUGCCACCAUAUCGGAUUUAUAGAGGUAUUGUACUCAGGAGAUAGCCAUAUGCGCUCUUCCUUUACUGUGCAUCUUGACAGCAAUAAAUAAAUAAAAAUUACACUAA